GGGACAUCCAAAGGAUAAUCAUAACCAGUCUUUAUCUGAAGGAAUCAUAAAAGCUUACAAAUUUAUAACAGAGCGCGAUUGGCAAUCUGUAAUUAUGGCAGCAAAAGUUCGGGUUCUAACAGUAGUUACCAAUCAUGCCGACCUCGGAAACACCGGGAAGAAAACAGGUUGGUACCUUCCUGAAGUUGCGCAUCCAUAUGACAUCUUCAUCAAGGCUGGAUUUGAAGUUGAUUUCGUCAGUCCAAGAGGCGGACAAGCACCCAUGGAUCCAGGGAGUGCAGAGGCGUUUAAAGACGAUCCUGUGUGCCAAGCUUUUCUCAAAUCCGGAGCUGAAAAAUUAAAAACAACCAUGACACCCGCUCAGGUGGACAUUAGUAAAUAUAAGGUUAUCUUUUACGCUGGUGGCCAUGGACCAAUGUUUGAUUUGCCAACAAACAAGGAAAUCGCUAAUUUAUGUACCAAGGCCUAUGAAGCGGGCGCUGUUGUGAGUGCCGUCUGCCAUGGGACUGUGGGUUUAGUGCCGGUGAAAUUAUCAAAUGGAGAUAGCAUUGUCAAGGGCCAGACCGUAACUUCAUUCACAAAUGCGGAAGAAGAAUUUGUGAAACUCACAGAUGCGAUGCCAUUUCUUCUCGAAACGAAACUCAGAGAGCUGGGGGCCAAUUUUGUGGGCGCUGAGAAUUUUCAAGUUAACGUGCAGACAAGUGGACGAAUUGUUACCGGACAGAAUCCACCUUCAGCAAGUCCAAUGGCUGAGAAAAUAGUCUCCAUUGUAAAAACAGCUUGAACAGUAAGAUCCAGUUGUGCCAUA